AUUGAUUGGUUCGUUCUGUCUUUGUAUGCCAGGCAGCUGAGCAGCCUGUCCGUUUGAAUGUGCAAGGAUUGGAAGGGACCAUUUCCAUGGACCAUCUGUCUCACAGGCUAGCGAUACAACAAAGGACCCAGGAUGGUGUUAGUACAUGUCGGAUAUUUGGUUCUUCCCGUGUUUGGCUCUGUAAGAAAUAGAGUAUCGAGGCUGGCGCUACAUUCCGCAUUUCUCAGACCUUUGUCCCCUUCCAUUGUGUAGCUAACGAUCAUCUGCUGCUGUCUGCUGUAGCCUCUGCCUGUUCUCUGCAUCUAGCUGUAUUGUGAACCCCUUCUUCCUCAUUUCCUCUUUCCAUCUGAAGACGACAUUGGCAUUAAAACCCGAGUUCUCCCACUCAUACCAUCCAUAAUUCUCUCUUGCUUCAAUAUGGAAUGACACCUAGCUGUUCAGGUGAGCUAGAUCAAUCAGCAUCAAACUGAACUCAAUUAGCAAAACAACUUUAUACAAUGAAUGAUACUGUAUUUAAAAUGCAUUUGAACAGCUCAAUACACUUUGCAGUAAAAGACAUUGCAUCAACACUAAGUCGGUAUAAAUCUGUGACAAAAGCAUAAAAUCUCAGUGAGUGGCCUUGUUUUACCUUUUGGAUAAUGUCUUAAGCAGACUUCUAUGUGGUUGUAUCACUAUUAUACACAGACGAAGUUGGAUCCGAUUUAAGUGCAAUUUGAAAAUGGCCAAAUAUUUCUACACGGAAAAGAUAAAACGGGUCGCUUUUGUUAUGCCUAUUUGCCCAUUUGUUGAUAGAAAUGUAGGCUAAAUUGUGUUAAAUUUGCUCUACACAUGUCCAAUUAAAUAAGUCUGCAAUGAUAGUGCAGAGCACUUUUCGUGCAUAGUGAACUGCCCUCGUUUAAUGGUUCUCAUGUUUUGGGAAAAGAGGCUUUCUAUGACAGUUUCUUGUACCAAAAAACCUAAGAUAUCUGACUAAGGUUCAUAGCCUUCCUACCUAGCGCACACAGGUAAAGGUUGUCACCGCCGCCUUCUUCAAACACUUACAAGGUCAAGGUCAUAUUCGGCAGUCAGUUACAUAAAUGAUUCAACCCCACUGUAGUGUUCCAUGCAAGCAGCCGCUUUAGACUUUACAUGUGUAUUCUAAUCAUGAGAUGAAAUAAUGCACAAAUCACUAGGAUUGAUAUGAGCACCUGAUCUUACUAUACUUUAGUAUGCACCGCACACCUACAUCCAUAAUGAGUUAUGAGUCUUUUGGUACUUUGGGUUAUUCAUAUGUAAAACAUAAGGUGUUUCUUAGCUACCCCCUCAAACCAGUUUCCAAUUUCCUACUAAACCCUGCACUUGGGCACAUUACAUGCCAUUACAUCAGAUAGACCUAGGUACUAAAUCCUUCAUGAUUGGUUGAUAGAUACUGCACUGAUUAGCCUACACACCUCUUCACCCCUCUAUAUGUGCGUUGUAAAGUAAUGGGAUGCUUAUGCUGCCGAGGGAAUGGGGUGUGUAGUGUAGAUGGGGAUUAUGUUGGGGGGGGUGUAGUAGCAGUGAUUAUAAAGCUGCAGGGACAGCCGGGUUGGACGUCAGACUGCUGCAUUCAUGGGUGGGCAGGGCUACAGGCUUGUCAGUCAAGAGGGGGAGCUAUGCCGCAGCCGCACCAUGAGGGAGGGGCUGGGUGUGUGCGUGCAGCUCUGGAGGGUCUGAGCACAGAUAUGCACCAGUCAGGAGAUUUGCAGCCCGAGCUCAGCACAGAGGUAUGAGCAGACAGACAGUCAAUAAUAGGCUAUAGAGGCUGUAUGCUGCUCAGGCUGUGUCAGUGCAAUGGUGCAAUGCGUGCCAAAUAAGGUGUAUUUAGUAGGCUAUUUCAUGGUCCAUUUAUGAUUAGAAUCAUCAAGGGUUCUCUCCAAGGAAUGUAAGAGGGGUGCUCGCACACCUUGUGACAGGUGUUCAAAAAUGAAACAAUCUCUUGAGUCCAAAGGGGGGCAAUGCCCCCCCCUUCUCAGCAGCACCACCUUGUUAAAAAAUACUGUGGACAACCCUGUCAUCAUAGGACACAUCCACCCUGAGAUAUUGUUAUAUCCAAAUCUAAAAACAAAGUAUGAUCAUGUUUCUCCUUUGUUACUGGGGUCAGUUUAACCAUUUGUUAUUGAGGUCUGUAAUAUAAGUAUCAUUUUUAUUUCAAUCCCCAUUUCUUCCAUUUAUGAAUAUUGUAAAAUAACAUAAAUGUAAAGCAUUCCGUCAGAACGGAAUGAAAAUGCUUUGAAAUGGCAUCCUCUGUUCCACCAAAGCCAGAAGCCAACAUUUUUUUUUUUCCUCCGCUCUACUUCCUCAGCCAGCCAACACAAUUUCUCCUCUUAUGGCUGAGGUUCACUGGGUUUCCUAUGUCUCAGGGCAAUAUAUACUGUAGCAAAAGAACAACCAAGCAGAAUAUGUCAUCUUGGUUUGUGACUAGAACAUUCAAACUGCUUUGAAUUACGUAGGCUAUGAUGUAGAAGGGGGUGGGGGGAUUAUACAAUUUUGAGUUGAUCUGAAGUAACCUUUCGGGUUGUAAUUUAAAUAGUCCAACCACUGUAUCAGAUAAAUACAUUUGUCACUUGAAUUGGUUACACAAUGUGAUUCAACUAUCAGCUAAAAGUAUUAAGUACACCUCUGCUUAUCAUAAUCAUUACAGAGGCAGUGCUACUUGAAAUUCCCCUCUGAACAGUAAAGAUAAUGAUUAAACCCUCUCUUCUCUGCAUCAAAUUAGAACAAAGUUGCAUAGCUGUUUUAUGAGCCAUUUAUCAUAUAUGGAGUUCAGUAGUGUCGUUUUAUUAUCACAAUAAUAGUCAAAGCACACAGCUUGGGUGAUUCCUCACGAAACUAUAACAAAAAAAGAACAUGACUUUGGGGAUUUUCACAAUGUAUUCCAUAGAAGGGUCUUUUGGAGGAAGGAUUGUUGACAUAUAUUUGACAUUUUGUAUCUUAAAGCUUAAUUGAGAAAUAAUUAAUUGAAGUUGGAAUAUUUGACAUUUUGGCCUUCCUCUGGCCUCUAACACUUCAUAAUGUUUCAUCCGAUAGAUGCUACAAAGCAAGAAUUGAUGUCAUAUGAAGCUUUUCCGCUUGCUCUGUAAUAUAAGUAGUAUUUUGAUUUCAAUCACAAUUUUCUUACGUUCAUUUAUGAAUAUUGUAAAAUGACAUGAAUGUUGAAAAUAUAACAUUUUUCAUUUGGCAAUUUUUUUCACUACAUUAUUCAACAUAAUAUACUCUACAGGCAUAUAAACGUUGAACAAAUGUCACCUAUAUGUCAACUAUCCUUCCUCCGAAGGACCCUUCUAUGGAGUAAGUAAAAAUAAAAAGUGUUGCCUUUUUUGUUCUUGUUUUGUAAGGAAUAACCUGCUGAAUAAACUAGGACAGCACUAAAGAUGUCCCUACAUGGAGCCUGUCCAUUCAUAGUUAGUCGGUGGGUCUGUGCUUUUUAUAUGAGAGCUCAGACAGCUGGGGGGCUGUAACGGGGGCUGAAGGAGCAGCUGCCUCCCCCUCCUCACCACACCUCCCUUCUGGGUGUAAUGGAUAUUGAUUGGCUGCGACCCAGCAGUGUGCUGAUUCAGCAGGUUGGCCAGCGCUUCACAACUCCUCCUCUGAGGGACAGAGAGACAGACCGAGAGGCGGCAUUAACCCGGGGGUGAUACAUGGGGAAUAUAUCAGCAGCAGCUUGCCUCAGAUGGACGUGUAGGAUUAGCUACAGGUCUGCACCUCAAUAGUCUAAUUGUCUGUAUUGGCUUCCUCUUGUGUCCUUUCCUUCUAGCCCAGUUCUCUUUCAGAUCUGUGUGAAGGAUGGUUUCCCAAAAGCAUCUUAAGUUCAUCAUUAGAACCUUCGUUGGAGCAUCGUUCAAUCUCCGAACUGUUUCUCAAAACCAUUGUUAUUAACUUUGCACUUAAACACUCGUAAUUUAACGCCUGCCUCAGACCACUUGUAGAGCGCUAAGUGCGUUUUUAAAUGCUUUUUUUUGCCCUCCCGCCUUGACUUCAUACACAGAUGUCCACUAAACAUAGAAUCACUUUGUUUAUCCGUCUCUGACAGCCGAUAACUUCAGAGUAAAGUGGACUACAAAUACAAAGUUGCCAAUGUCUUUUCAAUUGAUACAAACCAGCGACAUAUUAAAAGAUGCUUCAAAUGAAAACCAAGAUGACUGCAUUCAAAUAAACAGUAGGCUAUAAGCCUAUUUAUUCAAUCAUAUUGAAAUACAUUUAAUGUUCAAUUGUGUUCUAUUUUGCUACUUGUAUGCUACUUUCUGUAAUUUGUCUCAAUAUUUUUCAUGAUGUGUAGCCUAAAAUGCGGGCCAUGAUGUGCCAAAUCGGUCAUUUUGUGAAUUUGUAUUGGGUAAGCAUUAGAAUAAGCCACCUCAAUAUAUGCAGCCGUAGGUGGUAAUAUCUCUCUCGGAGCUGAUCCGUCUAAUGUUAAGCUAUUAUUUGAAUGGAGAAGGCUGAUCCGAGAGCAGCGCUUCCUUUCUUUCCAUCUUAUCAGUAUAGAAACACCCUCCAACAACGCACUUAGCGACCUUUCUUUCUUCGUGGUGUUUUGGGAAACGCAUGUUACGUCUUCGGCCGUUUGUAGGAAAGAUGCACCAUUAAAAAAAACUUUCCAUCGGGAAACCGGGACCUGGACAAGUGAAAGCAAUUUUGGCAUGUCUGUCUGCCAUGUUGUGUUCACCUGCCCUGUCUUUCCAGAUCAGCGAAGAUUUUAAGAAAAUGAGACGAGGAGAGGACCCCACUUUAGACUAUUGAGUCGCACCCCAAGCGGCUGGUGGAUCCCAUAAUGCCAAGCUCCAGAAUGAGAGAGGCCUAUAGGCCUAGUGCUCAGAGGUCUAAUGGAGCACACUUCACCAGGCAUCAGCACAGCCAUGCUACCUCCUGCCGACAUUUUAACCUGGCGGCCCCCCAGGCUCCCAUCUCAGCAGAGUUCCCCCUGGGUCAUGCCAGCCAGCCCCCCCAGACUGGCCUGGCCCCUCACCUGUCCCCAGCCCCCCACCAACCUCCGGCCCUGCCGGCCCCCCCUCAGUUCCAGGAUGUCCAGGGGCCUCCGUUUCUACCUCAGGCCUUACACCAGCAAUACCUCAUCCAGCAGCAGCUUCUAGAGGCGCAGCACCGCAGGAUCCUGCCACACUCCCGACGAACACAGGAGCGCGUUCCUCUGAACCCUCACAGGCUCCGCUUGGGGUAUGACUACUCCCCUCCCCUCCACGUCCCCCAGCCAAUCAGCCAGCAGCCCCGCUACCUGGCCGAGGGCACAGACUGGGACCUCAGUGUGGAUGCUGGCCUCUCUCAUCAUCAGUACCAGCUCCAGCAGCUUCCACAGCACUAUCAGCAUUACCUGGCGGCAUCCCCCAGAAUGCACCACUUUCCCAGGAACACGACUUCUGCUCAAGUGGUUGUGCACGAGAUCAGAAACUAUCCAUACCCCCAGCUCCACCUGCUGGCUCUACAGAGCCUCAACCCCUCACGCCACGCUUCGGCUGUACGAGAGAGCUAUGAGGAGCUGUUGCAGCUUGAAGACAGGCUGGGAAGUGUCAGUAGAGGAGCGGUUCAGACCACCAUAGAGAGAUUCACCUUCCCGCACAAAUACAAGAAGAGGAAGCCUCUAGAUAUGAAGAUUGGUGAGAAAGACGAGGAGACUGACGUGGAUGAGAAAUGUACCAUCUGCCUGUCGAUGCUGGAGGACGCAGAGGAUGUCAGGCGGUUACCCUGCAUGCACCUCUUCCACCAGGGCUGUGUGGACCAGUGGCUGGCGACCAGCAGAAAGUGUCCAAUCUGCCGCGUGGACAUCGAAACGCAGCUCCAUCCUGACAGCUGAUGGCCCGGGGGUGAAGCCUGACGGCCUGGCUGCUGUCAAUCACCCUGGUGUGUUUCCUGCUCCCAUCCACCCCGACCCUGGUCCCUCCUCACACGGGUGCUUGCCAAAUGUCUCCAGACGUCAUGUGACAUCACCCUCUGACUCACGCUUUACUGAGCCAAUCCAGGAUUACUUACUGCACGAGAGAAUGGAGUCUCUCUCUCUUUCUCUCUCUCUCAAUAAAAGCACAUCCCCGGGCAAAAAGACACACACACACACACACACACACACACACACACACACAGGGUUUACUAGUUGCUUGCUGGAGGUGGGGUGAUGUUGCCGUCGUGUUGUUGUAGGUAGGGGAGGCAGGUGUGUGUCCUGUUUCCUGUGUCUUUGUAGCAUGUUCUUAAAGCCAUGACAUUAAUGUACUGAGUGAAAAACACACUACCCCACUUGCCAGCCGGCCACACACACACAUCUUGCUUAUUCUGCCACAACAGGAAUCUAAAUCAAUCACGUAAAAGCCCUGUCGCCAUGUUUGCCUACAGAUCAUUUGUGGUAGUACAGUAGCAGUAUCAGACACAGCAAUACAGUAGUUGUACAUUUGCUUGGGACUGAUGCUGUCAUCAGUGUUGGGACAUUAUACGACUAUUUCACCGCUGCCAUGUCGGCCUGCCCCAAUGCAUGGGUUGGCGUGUGUUUGAGUAAAUACACAGGUUAGUGAGUGUUUCACCAAAUGAGUUAUGGUAUCGCUUGACCUGCUGCAGCACGGGUUAAUGUGUGUGUUCUGCCCCAGUGUGUGUGUUUCAGUGUGUAUUUAACCAAUGCGUGAUCAUGCGUGACAAACUUAAAGUGCGGGUUCAAGUGUGUGUCAAGGGUUAAAGGGGAACAUAGAAGUUAGAUUAACGGUGGUUUGAUUGGAGUGCUUGUAGAAUACAAAGCCAAAUAAGGACUUUAAAAAAUGCAAAAAAGAAAUGUAGUAAGACCCAAUCCCCCAUCAUGCACUGCAGUGACUGGGUGAGGUGUGGGGCAUUCUGGGUAUGCAGGAGGGUUAGCUGCCCUGGAAACAGCGACUCCGUGCCAUCCCCUCCUGGCGCAGGCGUUAUGGCUGAGCAGUGUAGUGAAAUGCAUGUUUCAAUGUUGGCUUGGGCUGUUGUUAGCGUACAAAAAAAAUGAUAAGGGAGGGGAGGGGGUUGUCUGUGCAUGACUUAGUUAAUCUGAGCUGUGACUAUCUUUCUCAACACUAACAAAGAACUGAGCACCAUGUCAGUGGCUGUCCCUGACCUGUAGCGUGUGUUCAUCCUGCCCCUUUUUAGGUGGCAAACAAAAUGGAAUCCUAUUGUGACGUUUACCUUAUUGCCUAAAGAACAAGCACAUGUGAUGAUAGAUAUAGCAACAACCUCUUUCUUUGGUAUUGCAUUUGCGUUGGUUUCUGUAUAUUUAGGUAUAUAAACGCGCAAUGUUUUGGACCGAGUGAGGAGCUUAGUUGUUGAACUUGUGUUUUUGUGUGACAGAUCUCCCCUCGUUGUUGCUAUGCUGGUUUCUAUGCUGUAUUGCUAGAACAACAAUGUAGAAUGUUGUGUGAUGGGGGCAGUAUCCACAGUGCACACGGACGGACGGAGGGGGGGGCAAAAUAAGGGUCAUAGAACACUUAUUGUAAAAAAUAAAAAAAGGAUUUAAAUGUUUUAUGUUUUUUCCUUUUGAUCUGUUGCCCUGUGACGUCUAAGUCAAUGUGCAUAAACACUACAUAGCAGUGCCAAUCCUUAAAAACCUAUCUGUCAUAUGCAUUGUGGACUCAGUAUUGAAGCAUUAGGAAAAAUCGAAUUGCCCUGUGGACUUAGUUGUGAAGGAUUGGGACAGACCCUUACUGUCCUGUGCACUGCCAGUGUUGAUACUGCCUCCUCCUUUAGUGGAGUUUUGUAUGGGAUGUUUUGAUAGUUUACACAGGGUGUUGUCAGUUGAGAUGCCUUAAGUAUUUAACAAUCAUAAUUUAUUACUAACUGUAGAUAUCAUGGGUACAUAUUUAAUUUUAUAUAGUUUGUUUUGUUGCAAUUUAAUCAAUUUAUUUAGAAAUAACAAAAAAUGAUUUACCUCAUUUUUGCGUUGUUUUAAUUGGGAAUGCUCCGCAUGCAGUUGUAUUUUUAAUGAAGAAAUUAAACAAAAAAAGCCCUGCUGUUUGAUCUCUCCCCGAGCCGGCUAUGCUAUGUUUACUGUCCCGAGCUGAGCCGUCUGGCCUGCUCUUCUCAUGUGGUGCUGUGGAUAUCUUGGUUACAUUCCAUUCAAUGCAAUUUUCCCUUAUCCCCUAUGCUGUGACGUAGUGGACAAACUGCAAUGAAGUGAAAUGGUUUUUAGUUUAAUUGUUUUCCUGUUUCUCAUUUUGCACUCUUAGUUUUAACAUGGGAACCCUCUCACUGGCAUAACAGUUUACGAACAUAGAUGUAUUAUCAUCAUUAUUAUAUACUCUUGUCAUUUCCAGCUCUCUGCGUCUCAUCCUUCUAUCCAUUCUGUCUGUAACAAAGCAUGUUCCUUCUCGUCUUUGUCAUGGAAUAUUUCUCCUUACCUCUUUUCCAGAAAAACAUGUAGUUUUGAGUCCAACAAGUGCCUCGCUUCUAGUGUCAAGAGAUAUUACCUUAUGAUUUAAACCACACUCACUCCUGCACUCAUUUACCCCAAAUCCAUGUCCAAAUAGUGUAUAAUGUUGUCCUUCCUCCCUUAUUCCCUCCUUUCUCUUUUUAAGGUCACCACUGACCAACCUGCAAGCUGAAAUAAAUAUGUCAGCCCCCAUAAGUGAAGUGUGGAAUCAUCAAGUGGCGUGGUUGGCAUAUUAAUGCUUUCACUAACCAAAUAGAUCUGUGGUUACCUUAUGUGAGAAAUGAAAGCAGCUAUUUAGGAGUAUUUGGACAUAACCAGUUUUUCUUUUUUUGUUAAACUCUAAAUCGUACCUAAUCUGAUCAUUCCUUUAAAAUAACUCCUUUGUUUUAUUUAAGAAAUAUUUGACCGAAACCUUUGUAGAAAGAGGCACGUUUCACUGUGUUCAUCGACGCUACACUAAUUAUUCCCAUCUUUCACUUUCCUUUCCCUUUUAUUUUUUCAUGACCGUCCAUCCCUCCCGUCACUCAGAGCCCAUCCAAUGUUUCCCUUCACAAUCCUCUCUCAAGGGAAAACAAGAACAGAGAAUCUCUUAAAGCACAAACUAACUAAAAAUGCAUGUUUUUCUCAGGUUUGGAUAUAUAUAUAUAUUCUCGAUGGUAUAUAAGUAUAUGGUGAAAAUAUUUGCAGAUUACACUAAGAAUAAUACAAAUAAUUCAUUUUGCUGCUGCUUGCAUCUGACAAAUAAAAACUGAAGGAAAGAGAAAAUAUCCCAAAAAGUGCCAGUGAAAGGGCAACCGCCACCUUUGUAUGAGAUAUCUGCUGUUUUAGCUGUGACAGCGCAAUGCUUUUCAAUAUAGGAUAUUUUAUCGGAGAGUAGAACUAUUUAUCAUUAAUAUUAAAGCAAUAGCUCAUUAAUGAUGAGUGUGUUGAUGAAGAACUGGAUGAGCGUAUUGUGUAAAAUGUUAGAUUCACAUUUGGUGGAAUUUUGUACUUUAUUUAUUACUACUAAUAAUGAUUUUAAAAGUUGCAUCGCUAAACCCAAACUGUUUUUUUUUUUUUUAUUUCAAUUUUAUUUCAAGGCUUGUAUAUUAUCCUUUUUGUAUGUGCUCUUUUUGUAAUAAAUUGGAUAAAAUGGAA